ACCCCUUCCCCCUGUAUUCAGUCUUAGUAGGUUUGUCAAGUUACACAGAGAAGAUACACCUACGUCAUGGGAACCUUAGUGAGAUUCCUCCACUGUCCUUCACAAAAUUCUCCAACCUCCAGUUCCUGUCAAUCACUGGAUUCCUAGUUUCAUCCCUGACCAACCUCACCUUUUCCACAAUUCAUGCCAACCGCCUGAGGGUAUUGAAUCUCAGCAAUAACCACCUCCUUAGUUGCAUGAUUCAGCCAAUGGCUUUCUCAGGUCUUCUGCUACUUGAUGAAUUAAUUCUGACCAACAAUAGUUUGGACAUAUUGAGAAGGUCAUGGUUCUCAGAGAUGCCAAUACUCAGCAAACUCUUCCUUGGGGCCAACAGAAUUGCAUACCUUCCUCCAAGAACAUUUGAAAGCCUGGCCAAGCUGGAUGAACUGGUUGUGUCUUCUAAUUUGAUCCAGUAUCUUCCAAUGGACACUUUCUAUGGAUUGCCUUUGUUGACCAAACUGGACUUAUCAAGCAACAAAAUCAUGUUCAUCAAUCACGAGGUUUUUCAGCCUUUACAAACACUCAAACAUCUUGUACUGUUUCAAAACAGGUUGAGUGUCUUGCCCAUCCUUCCAGGUUCUAUAAACUUCUUAUUUCUUCACAAAAACCCAUGGGAGUGCAACUGCAAACUGGCAAGAUCUAUGGAGCCACUGAUGGCCAAAAUCCAGUAUCUCGAUGAUAUUGUUUGUGAUAGACCCCCCAACUUUGCAGGACACCAAGUGACGAGCAUCAGGCCUAGAGAUUGCGACUCUCUGUCUCCCUCUCCAUCCCCAACCACACACCUCCUGCCAUCAACCAUAUGGAACCUCAGCUUUUUUUAUGGCUUUCUAGGAGGACUCAUCGUUGGUUUAAUUCCAGGCCUGGCCAUCUGUUGCUGCAUUCCCAGAUAUUGUAACUGCACCCCCUUUGCAAUGCAGACUGAAGACAAACCACCCUCCCAAAAGAAAUCAACCAAAAUGUCCUUGAGCAAACAGAGGACCUCAAACGUGGACCUACUGAAACCUUCCAGUUUUCCCAUCAUGGAGAAUGCUGCAAGCCAUUCUGAAGGGGGCCACAUUGCUAGAGGGCCCUUCUGUGGCUGCUUCUGUGGAACCUGUAGAGCACAAGAUUUGGGACAGGCCAAAUCUGUACUCAAGAGGCCGGUGGUUGCCUUUUUAUCGACUGAUCCUGUGGGUAAAACCAUUAUGACGCUCCAUGAGAAAGGAGACAGCCUAUCUAGCUGUCUGGCACACAGGGAAAGUAUCAACAGGGUGAAUGGUGCCUCUCUAUGUACCAGAGCCCAUGGCAGUCAGGAGCAAUCAUUUGCAAAGAGGGGUACAGGAUCCUGCUACCCGUGCACCCAGCAUGCAACUUUACAUCAGAUGGAGUGGAAGGAACAUGGUGAGUGA